AUGCUCACCAGAUCAAUAAACACUUUAAGGUUGGGCUUGAAGAAUCUCUAUCAACUCAACCACAUCAAAAAUUUCCAUAAUGCCACAGUGGCACAUAAAGCAUAGGUCAUGAAUGAUGAAUCCUCAUAUGUUGUCAAAACUGAUCGAAUUUACAAACCAACAUACACCAUUGAGUUCGAUAGAAUUGGAGAAGUGUUGCUUUAUUCAUGUGAUCCCCAUAAACAUCUUACAAUCUUCCUUAAAUAUCCAUAUGUACUUUAUGAGACAGCCAUUCCAUUGUCCGUUUACCUUUGGUUUAAGAACCCAUUAGACAUUGCAUGGUAUUGGAACAACCUUUUCAUUUAUGCACCAUCAUUUUUGUGGAUUCCAAGAAUGUGGUAUUGGAGAUCAUUGUAAUAUAAAAUACAAAGACUCUCUUUACUCAGAGGUGGCAAAAUCUUAAAGAUUGAGACAAACACUCUUGCUAAUGAUAAAAACACUUAUUGGGUUGAAACAUAUUAAUUCCACCCAUUAACAGCUGAUUUCACAUAAUUUGAUGAUCGCGAUAAUGCAGAUUAUUUGACAGAAGAAGGACAAUUAAAAUAUGAAUUAGCAUGUCAACUUGAUCAUAUCUAAGAAUUGGGUACCACAGUUUAAGACGAAGUUAUCUAUUUCAUGAAAGAAGGAAUAGUUCAUCAUCCUGAAUUAUUUGAAGCAGCUACCAAAGGUUAUGUGGUUGACACAUCCAACUUUGUGAUUAAUACUGCCCAUAAUAUCAGAGCAUUUGAAGGUCAUCACAAUCAAUGAAAUAAACCAUUACAUUAUAAAAUCAUUCAAGAAUAUUACAUACUUAACAUGUACAA